UAACUAGCAACGCCAGCGCAAGCGUUUUCCCGCUCCUUGUUACGCUCUACUUCUAGUUUCCGACAGCCUGGGACAGCUCAACUACGUGCAGACAUACCUGGGAAGUCCAGCUACCAAGCGACAAUAUGGCCAAAGGUCACCCCGAUAUCAACGACACCACAAGCUUCGUCCUCUAUCGCUACGUACCGUCACUACCCGCGGCUAUCAUCUUCGUUGUAGCCUUUGCGCUUACAACCUUUUACCACAUUUUCCAAAUCGGCCGGAAACGGACAUGGUACUUCAUACCACUUGCAGUCGGCGGCGCAUUUGAAUUUGUAGGCUAUAUCGGUCGCGCUAUGUCGCAUUUCGAUCAAUGGAAACUCGGACCCUUCAUUAUGCAGUCGCUGCUCCUUCUCGUUGCACCUGCCCUUUUCGCCGCUUCGAUUUAUAUCAUCCUGGGCCGCAUCAUACUCCUCACCGAUGGCGAAAAGCACUCCCUCAUUCGACAGAAAUGGCUUACCAAGAUCUUCGUUGCGGGCGACGUGCUAUCUUUCCUCAUGCAGAGCGCCGGCGGCGGUAUCCAAGCGUCUGGAACCGAAAGCGCCAUGAAAAUGGGCGAGAAACUGAUCAUCAUCGGUCUCUUCCUCCAACUCGCAUUCUUUGGCUUUUUUGUCGUGGUCGCAGGACUAUUCCACGUCCGCCUGCAGCGCAACGGCCCUGCCUCCCAGACCGUGGAUCUGAACGCGCUGCCUUGGCAAAAGCACCUCGUGGCCCUCUACGUGUCCAGCAUGCUCAUUCUCGUGCGAAGCGUCUUCCGUGUGAUCGAGUACAUCAUGGGCAACGCAGGAUACCUGCUCCGACACGAACUGUUCCUGUACAUCUUUGAUGCGGUGCUCAUGCUUUUCGUCAUGCUCAUCUUCAAUUACUUCCACCCGAGCGAGAUUACGGAAUUGUACCACAAGCGGAUCGCGGGCGAGAAGGGUCCGCAUUCGAGGCAUGUGAGCGAUGUGGAGAUGCAAUUGCAACCCAAGAAUGGGCGGGAGGUCGCAGGUGGACCCUGGUCGUAGGGUUCAGGCUGCAUUACGGGGGUUGAGUUUUUAUUUUUUCCGUUCUCUGUCGCGCACGAUAGACGUGGCACGACUACUAGACGCUUGCUCGCCGGAACGACGAUUAUUGUUCUUGCAUCAUUGUUUCGUGUAUUUUGUUGACAUUUUCGCACAAUG